CCCCCUCUUCUCUCUCUCUCUCUCUCUCUCUCUCUCUCUCUCUCUCUCUGUGUCGAAUGCAAUGCACAGCUUAGCUCAGCUACUGAGCUGCAACUGAAGGAAGGGCGAGAAACCUAGACAUGGCCACCAAGCCGAUCCUGUGAAGCUUCUGCAAUGCCUCCGCGGAAGAGAUCCACCUCAUCCUCCUCCUCUGCGAAGAAGUCCAACCAUCAGAACCAAAGCCCACAACCUUCCAAGUACGGCAUCCAGCAUUUCUUCGAUCGCCACUCUCAGCAGAACUCCUCUCAGAAUCUCCGGUCUGAUUCCGGUGAUUCGCGGUCGACUGCCGCGAGAAAUGUUCCGGGAAAUGAGCAGAACCCUAUCUCGGGUGGAGGCAGGGUCGUCCCCGUGGACGCUUCAGCUUCGACCGCUUCUACGUCGAAACCUGGCUGCUUGCAGGAUACGCUUCCGGAGGAUAAUGUGAUGGGAAAGUGUGGUGAUGGAGGAGAGAGUCCAAUUGAGGUUUCACCAGAGAUCUCCAAGUCCGUGCCCCUCAAACGCUUUAAGUUCUCUCCUGGAAUGUUGAUAAAACAGAGCCAGGAUGAUGGAGGUGAUGAGGUGACAUGGAAGAUAUCUCCUGUGAAUGAGCGCCUACAAGCAGUAUCAAAGAAAAUGCCAGAGAUGAUUAAAGUUUUGGCAGAAUCGUCAAAGCUCAACUCUUUGUACAUCCGUCAAUGUUCACAAGUUAAGAGUGCACCUGGUCCAACUGGCAAGGUUGAAAGAUGGCUCUCUUCACCAACAAGAAAUGCACCAUUAAUAUGUGCAAACAAGAUGGGAGUGAAAAGGGUCAAUUCAUGUUGGAAUCCAGAUAGCAAGGGGAGAACAACUGAGUUGAUCAGCUCUUGCUUUGCCAGUCUACAAAGUCCUUUCCAAACUCCAUCUUCCUGUCAACACAAGCCAGUUAAUAGAUGUGAAUGCAAUGAAGCAUGUAAUCAGCAAAGUUCAGGACAGCACAAAAAGGCACUUCUUGAACUAUUAGAUCAAGUAGAAGAUGCCAUUUCCAUUGAAGGUUCAGGCACCAGCAUAAUGGAAGCAUGUUUGGCAAAAGAUGAGGAUCAAGAAUGUUUUACUAUGCCAAGAGAAACUGGUCGGAAUGUGCAAGUUGUAGCAGAUAUCCCCAAAGCAGCGAAUGGUUCAUCUUUAGAUCGAAUAUUUCUUGUGUUGGAGGUUGCUGAGAAGCGUGGCACUGCUGAUUCACUGACUGCUGAUUGUCCAUAUAAGGUUCUUUGGCUAUUAAAUGAAAAGACUGGAGAGGAAAAGGUUGUUUGUCUAUGGGAUGAAUGGUUUUAUAGUAUCAUUUCACCUGGAGAUACAGUAAAUGUUAUUGGCCGAUUUGAUGACCAUGGGAAGUGUAAUGUGAAUCGAGGCAAUAAUCUCUUAAUUGUUCAUCCAGAUCUCCUGGUUUCAGGGACUCGGGUGGCUGCCAGUUUUGGUUGCCCUAGGAGAUCUGUUCUGGAUGAGAGAUUAAAAUGUAAUGAUUACUCCACUGCAGCUAUUGUUGGCACCAUGCUCCAUCAAAUUUUUCAGGCUGGACUGGUGAAGGAGAAUCUUACGAGGGAAUUUUUGGAAGAAUAUGCAAAUAUAGUGCUCCGAAAAAAUUUCGAGAAUCUAUUUGCUUGUGGAGCUGCUCAGAAAGAUAUACUUGAAACUUUGAUUGCGGCAAUUCCAAAAUUAUUAAAUUGGAUCAAUCUAUUCAGAGAUUCACAGUGCUCAAAAGCUUCUGAGGUUGAUUUUGGAUUAGAUGAUGGGACAAAGAAGAUUAAAAUUUCCGAGGUGAUUGAUAUUGAGGAGAUGUCAUGGGCUCCAAAUUAUGGCUUGAAAGGGAUGAUAGACGCGUCUAUUAGAGUAAAUGUCGAAGCAGAAACUGGAGUUAUAGAGAAGAUCAUGCCAUUAGAGUUCAAAUCUGGAAAAGGACCAAAUGGCCAGUCAUCUAUGGAACACACUGCUCAGGUGAUCUUGUACACUCUCCUCAUGUCUGAAAGAUACCUGAAGCCAAUCGAUUCUGGCCUUCUGUACUAUCUUCAGUCAGAGCACACUCAGGGUAUUGCUGUUCGAAGAUCCGACUUGGUGGGGUUGAUCAUGCGUCGCAAUGAACUAGCAAAUGAUAUUCUGAAGGCACUGACAGCCCAGCAGCUUCCCCCGAUGUUGCAGAGCCCAAGCAAGUGUAAAGGCUGUCGUCACCUGAAUGUUUGUACUAUCUAUCACAAGGCACAUGGUGGUGGCAUGGAAACCAGUGGCCUCAGUCAUCUGUUUGAUGCGUGUACUAACCACUUGACAGCUGACCAUUAUGAUUUCCUCAAGCAUUGGGAUCGGCUGAUUGAUUUAGAAGCUAAGGAUGCAGAGCUUGGGAGGAAGAAGAUCUGGCGAUCUAGGAAUACAAGGCACAAUCACUUAACCAGUUCCCUUUCACCUAUUGUUCUUGACACUGUUGAGCUUCCCAACAGUAAGCAUAUCAAGGAUGGCCGCUUUCACUAUCGCUUUGUGCGCCAAGAUCUUCCUUUGGACAAAAUUGAAGCAUGUCCCAAAGACAAUAUUACCAGUGCUGCCGCCAAUUUGUCAUCAAAUGAUUCGGCUUGCACCCUUAGAAAGGGGGACCUUGUGAUUCUUACCACUGAAUCUGACUGCCAAGCAAUAGCGAGUGGAGUCAUCUCAGAGAUCAGCGGGUCUCAUAUUUCUGUUUCUUUCUCCAAGCGACUACGACUUCCUCAGAGACUCUCCUCUGCAUCUAAUCUCAUUCACGAGGUUUGGCGUAUUGACAAGGAUGAAAUUAUGACUUCAUUUGCUGUUAUGAGGUUCAACCUCAUCCAGCUAUUUCUGGAAAAUGCCUGGAGUUCUCACCUUAGGAGGAUGAUUGUGGACCUCGAAGCUCCAAGAUUUGAUAGUGGAUGCAUAUUCAGUCAAGAUCCUGCAAUAUCUUAUGUGUGGUCAGAAGGGAACUUGAAUGAUGAUCAACGUCGUGCAAUACUUAAGAUACUCACAGCAAGGGAUUACGCUCUAAUUCUUGGAAUGCCUGGAACUGGCAAGACAUCCACGAUGGUGCAUGCUGUAAAGGCCUUGCUAAUAAGAGGUGCAUCCAUUCUGCUCACAUCAUACACGAACUCUGCGGUUGAUAAUUUGCUUAUCAAAUUGAAGGAUCAGGGAAUUGACUUUCUUCGCAUUGGAAGGGAUGAAGCUGUGCAUGAGGAAGUCCGGGACCAUUGCAUUUCUGCAAAUGAUAUGCAAAGUAUAGGCAACAUAAAGCAAAGACUCAAUGAAGUCAAAGUUGUUGCGGUCACUUGUCUGGGGAUAACUAGUCCUCUACUCACCAACAAGAGAUUUGACAUAUGUAUUAUGGAUGAGGCUGGCCAGACAACCCUUCCUGUAGCACUGGGGCCCUUGAUGUUGGCUUCAACAUUUGUCCUUGUCGGUGACCAUUAUCAGCUGCCUCCACUUGUUAAGAGCAUGGAGGCACAAGAAAAUGGACUAGGUAUCAGUUUGUUUUGCAGGCUCUCGGAAGCUCAUCCUCAAGCAAUUUCAGCUCUGCAAAGUCAGUAUCGCAUGUGUCAAGGCAUCAUGCAACUGGCAAAUGCAUUGAUAUAUGGUGAUAGACUACAGUGUGGUUCUUCAGACGUUGCAAAUGCCAAACUCAAGUUUUCCAUGGUGAAGCCCUCCAAAUUUUGGCUAAAGGAGGUUCUUGAUCCAACUCGACCAGUUGUAUUCAUGAAUACUGAUCUGCUGCCUGCUUUGGAGGAGAAAGAUCACAAGGCUGUGAACAAUCCCAUAGAAGCCUCUAUUAUUGCAGAGGUUACAGGGGAACUUGUAAACAACGGAAUCAUGGGGGAAGAAAUCGGUAUCAUCACUCCCUAUAACUCCCAAGCGAAUCUCAUCCAAGCUGCUGUGACAUCAUCUGUGGAGAUUCACACCAUCGAUAAAUACCAGGGAAGGGAUAAAGACUGUAUACUGGUUUCAUUCGUUCGCUCCUGUGAGAAGAUGAAGCAUCGUAAUUCUUCAAUCCUUGAAGACUGGCAUAGAAUCAAUGUGGCUCUUACCCGAGCAAAGAAAAAGCUAAUUAUGGUGGGGUCGUGUAGAACACUGUCGAAGUGGCCCUUGCUGAAGCUUCUCAUGGAGAAGGUUGAUGAGCAGUCAGGCUUGUUAAAUUUGUCCAGAGAGGAUCUUGGCAUCACCACCACCAACACCAGCAGCAGCAGGCUGCGAGAACCAGCAGGCUCCUGAGUGUUGGGGUGUUAUUGUGCCUAUAAUCACAGAGCGUCUCCUUCGUUCUUCAAGGCUAUCUUCGUGUUGGCUGAAUGAGAUGGAGUAGAUGGCCGUCUCCUGUGUAAAUGUCGGAGAUGUAUAUAUAUCUAUAAUGAGAUGCCCUUGUGCCUUUUCUUGGAUUCAGAGGGAAAUGGGAACGAGAUUCACCCAACCAGAACGGUAACAUCGUUAUCAAAUGAGAGUAUUUGGUUGCAUCCUGAUGAUAUAUAAUUACCUCAUAAUUCAAACUA